AUGUCGGAAUAUAAACAAGCCCCGCCCCACGGAGGCCGCAGCCAAUCGGGGAGCCGCGCCCCCGCCGCGCGUGUCGCCCCCGCUUCCUUGCGGCUGCGCGCCGCCGGCAGUGACGUGCUCCGCCCCACAGCCGCGAGAUUCAAACUCCCGGAAGCGACGUCCUCGCCUCAGGGUGUGACCCGGGGGACGCCAGCGCUGCGCUUCGCCUCCGGUGCUGGCUGCCCCAGGGAGGCGACCGUGGAGGGUGUCCAGGGCUACCAGGGCCUGCAGCCCCGGGGCCGGACCGGGCCGCAAAGGACGCGGGGUCGGUGGGCAGAUCGCGUCCGAGGGACUCAAUCUCUGCCCGCCGUAAUAUAUGUCCCUUUCCCUGGAGCUCCCUUCGGGCCUGGCAGCGGGCUGGGCACCUCACGACCGUCGUCUUUUCGAUUCCUUUUGGAGAAAAUUCGAGUCCUUGAAGCUGAGAGGGAGAAGAAUGUUUAUCACCUCACAGAGAAGGACAAAGAAAUACAGAGACUCAGAGACCAGCUGAAGGCCAGAUAUAGUACUACCACAUUACUUGAACAGCUGGAAGAGAAAACAAAGGAAGGUGAAAGGAGGGAACAACUGUUGAAAUCCUUAUCUGAAGAGACAGAUAUAUUGAAAAAACAGUUGUCUGCUACGACUGCGAGACUUCAGGAACUUGAAAGCAAAGCCAGUACACUUCAUUUAUCACAGACUGUGCCUACAAACUGCUUCAACUCAUCAAUGAAUAAUGUUCAUGAAAUGGAAAUACAGCUGAAAGAUGCUCUAGAGAAAAAUCAGCAGUGGCUUGUGUAUGAUCAGCAGCGAGAGGCCUACGUAAAAGGACUUUUAGUGAAAAUCUUUGAGUUGGAACAGAAAACGGCAACAGCUGCUCAUUCACUGCCACAGCAGACUGAAUCAGAAGAUUAUCUUCAAGAAGAGAAGCAAAAUUACUAUAGUCAUCUCUUGGCAAAUGCAAAAAAAGAUCUUGAGGUUGAACAACAGACCAUAACUCAGUUGAGAUUUGAACUUAGUGAAUUUCGAAGAAAAUAUGAAGAGACCCAGAGUGAAGUUCAAGAUUUAAAUCAACUGUUGUGUUCACAAAGAAAGGCAGAUGUACAACAUCUGGAAGAUGAUAGGCAUAAAACAGAGAAAAUACAAAGACUCAAGGAAGAGAAUGAUAUUGCUAGGAAGAAGCUUGAAGAAGAGAAGAAGAGAUCUGAAGAGCUCUUAUCGCAGGUCCAGUUUCUUUACACUUCUCUGCUAAAGCAGCAAGAAGAACAAAUGAAGGUAGCUCUGUUGGAACAACAGAUGCAGGCAUGUACUUUAGACUUUGAAAAUGAAAAACUUGACCGUCAAAAUAUGCAGCAUCAAUUGCAUGAAAUUCUUAAAGAGCUCCGAAAAGCAAGAAAUCAAAUAACACAGUUGGAAUCCUUGAAGCAGCUUCAUGAGUUUGCCUUCACAGAGCCAUUAGUCACUUUCCAAGGAGAGACUGAAAACAAAGUAAAAGUUGCCUCACCAAAAAGUCCCACUGCUGCACUAAACGAAAGCCUGGUGGAAUGUCCCAAGUGCAACAUACAGUAUCCAGCCACUGAACAUCGAGAUCUGCUUGUCCAUGUUGAAUACUGUUCAAAGUAGCAAAGUUAUUCUUUGUUUUUGUGUCAAAAGAUUCAAUACUGUAUCUUAUGUCAGCUUAUGGACAUUUUGAAUUACAUAUUUCAUCUCUCUCAUAAGAAACUGCCUACCGACCUUUGACACUCUGGCAUGUGAGUGAAUCAUUGUAUUUUUUUUUGGCUGCUUUGCUUUUUCCUUGGCAGUGAUACCUCCCGUAGAUGGUUCAUCAACAGGCUGCAAUGAUAGAAUGUGGGGAGCACUGUCUGCUGAGACUACUAACGUUUUGCACUGUUAAAGUACUUGAUGAAGAAAAGGUAGUUCAGGUUAUUGCUUGUGGGUUAAAUCUUUUGCACUGGCAAGCCAAUAUUUUAUGUGUUGUGGGUUUUAAAAAAAUCAAGGGUAAUUAGCCAAGGAUUUUACUGUUUUAACAUUUUUCAUCCAAGCACUCAGUUAAACCUUCAAUUCCAGUUUUGAUGUUCAUCGUUAAAAGAUGGUGAUACUAUUUUCAUUUUUUUCCCUUCCUGUUGUAGAACGGUUAUUAGAAAAGUUGGGAAUUUUCUUGAUCUUUAUCACUGCUUACUGUUGAAACUGUAAACCCAGCGAUGUUCUAAGUGUAAAACAGAUUCUGUUUGAGGAAUACUGUUAAGUAAUGACACACAAUAUUUUCUCUCAUUAUCUGGCUAACUUUAACUUGAAUUUCAUUAAAACAUGUUACUUAGCUAAAAUUGUUAAAAUGAACUUUAACAAAACCAUACAGCCCUCUCCUUUGAUUUGCAGGUAUUUUAUUUAUUUAUUUUUGGCACUCUUAAUGCUGGGUAAUGUAAUUAUUAGGUAUUUAUCUGAAUAGAUAUUUUUAUACAUGGUUUGUGUGAACCCAAAUUUUUUUUAUUUCUUCAGGUUUUCUAAAAUGCUUAACACUGGGCUACUGUUAGCAAUAUAAAGGAGAAAAGAAUAAAGUGAUUUAAUAAGUUUUAAUAUGUCUAGUAUAUGUGUAUAUACAUAGGUAUUCUAAGAUAUGUACCCCAAGAGGAGUGUCAAGGGUUGCAGAUUAACAUAUAGUGUAAGGUGAUGUAGUAGUUAAGAAUACACCAGAACUAGAAACUGCGUGAAGGAGGUAGGAGUAGGUGCUUUCAAGCAUCUUUGUUGAACGGACAACAACUCUUGAACAAUAAAUAUGAUUCUGAGUUAUUUGUUACAAAGGCAAAACAGUAAGCAUACUAAAUUGUAGUUUUUUUGACUGUAGAAAUUGUACAGAUCUGUUUAUGGAAAUAAAAUUUUGCCUUUACUGUUAA